AUGAUGCACUACAUGUUGUUAUUUAGUCGACAAGGCAAAUUACGGUUGCAGAAGUGGUACGUAGCUCAUCCAGAUAAGGUAAGGCUGAGAAAAUAUAAAUACAAAUUAUUCGGGUAAUUCAGGUAAAGAAGAAGAUCACACGAGAACUGGUCGCCUUAAUAUUAGCGAGAAAACCGAAGAUGUGUUCGUUUUUGGAGUACAAAGACCUGAAGGUGGUGUAUAAAAGGUAAGUGUUUGUCAGAUUUGGCUUUAUAUUUUUAGGUAUGCCUCCCUUUAUUUCUGUUGUGCGGUGGAACAGUCAGACAACGAACUGCUGUGUCUCGAAAUAAUCCAUCGCUACGUUGAAUUGCUGGAUCGUUAUUUCGGAUCGGUAAAUUAAUUUUAUUUUGGUAACUGCUUUUUUAGGUAUGUGAAUUGGAUAUAAUUUUCAACUUCGAGAAAGCGUAUUUUAUUUUGGAUGAAUUCUUGUUGGCUGGGGAAAUGCAGGAAAGUAGUAAGAAACAGGUUCUGAAGGCAAUAAGUGCUCAAGAUCUUCUCCAAGACGAGGAGACAGAACAAGGCCUUUUCGAGGACAAUGGUCUUGGAUAA